AUGUGCCUCACAUGGAUUGACGAGUUAUCCCGUUAUUCCAGCCACGAGAUUGUGGGUGUUGUGACAGAAUUAGGAAGCAAAGUCGAGAAAUUCGAAGUCGGCGACAAUGGCGGAGUUGGAUGCUUGGUGGGAUCAUGCGGAUCUUGCAACAAUUGUGCUAAUGAUUUCGAAUGCUACUGCCCAAAACAGAUUCUCACUUACGCCUCCCCUUACCAUGAUGGCACAAAGACAUAUGGUGGGUACUCCGAUCACAUAGUUGCAGAUGAGAGAUUCGUCCUCCGGUGGCCGGAAAACUUGCCGCUUAAUACAGGUGCACCACUGUUAUGUGUCGGAAUCACCACUUACAACCCUCUAUGUGGCAGAAUUACCACUUACAGCCCUCUCGGAUACUUCAGACUAGAUAAACCAGGGAUGAAAGUUGGUGUCGUUGGUCUUGGUGGACUUGGUCAUGUCGCUGUGAAGAUGGUGAAAGCUUUUGGUGCAGAAGUUAUUGUUUUCAGCACGAAAGGGCAAGAAGCACUUCAAGGACUUAAAGCUGAUUGUUUUAUAGUCAGCAAAGAUCAAGACCAAAUGCAAUCUGCAAUGAGUUUGUUGGAUGGGAUCAUUGACACGGUUUUUGCAACUCACCCUAUUAAUGCUCCAUUGUUAAGUGUGCUGAAACCACAUGGGAAGCUUCUUCUUGUGGGUGCACCAGAGAAGCCACUUCAGCUUAUUUCAUUUUCUUUAAUUACAGGGAGGAAAAUUGUUGGUGGAAGCACGAUUGGAGGGUUGAAAGAGACUCAAGAAAUGCUUGAUUUUGCAGCAAGCAUGGUGUGGCUCCUGAUAUAGAGCUCAUUCUGAUGGAUUAUGUGAACACUGCAAUGGAUCGUAUGUUGAAAUUUGAUGUUAGAUAUAGGUUUGUGAUUGAUGUGGAAAAGUCGCUCAAAGCUCCGUAGGUUUGAUGUUGUGCUGAUGGUGUCGGUAAAAUUGGUUUGGAUUAUGAUUGAUGGUAUUCUACAACAAAUCAAACAAUUAUUGGUUAAUUUCUAUUUUAUAAACAUUUGCUUGUGAAGUUAAUUGGGAUCGAUUAGUGGUAAAUGUAGAAUAUGUUUAUGCAAAAAUUGUCCCUUACAUAUGAAAUGACGAAUUUACCCUCAUGUGUGAGGCACAUGAGAGGG